AUGGCACAGAAGCUCGAGAUGUGGCAUCUCAGCUACUUUAUUUUCCCCGCCUUCAUUCUCCUCCAUCUCUAUGUCGCCCCGUACACCAAGGUGGAAGAAUCAUUCAAUAUGCAAGCCACACAUGACAUCCUCACCUACGGCGUGCCGACCAACAACUACUAUCUUCGCCUCAAAGCUCAUUAUGAUCACAUGACAUUUGCUGGUGCUGUACCGAGGAGUUUCGUCGGCUCUCUGGUGCUGGCUGCUUUGGCGAGGCCGUUUGUAUGGUGUUGGGCUUUGAAUGGCGAGCAGCAGCAAUUCCUGGGUGAGCUCUUGGAGAAGAUCAAUUCCGAUAUUGGUGCUAAUGGUUUCAUAGUGCGGGCUCUUCUGGGACUUUUCAAUGCAGCAGCACUCAUCAGCUACACGACAGGUGUGCGCCGAGCUUAUGGGAAGGUUGCAGCAGAAUGGAACAUGUGGCUGCAGGCCAGCCAGUUCCAUAUCCUCUUUUAUUCGUCUCGCACACUUCCGAAUAUGUUUGCUUUCGGAACGAGCACUUUUGCACUUCGAUUCUUCCUGCCAGACCCUGCAUCCAAGAGGUCGAAGGUCAAACAAACGAAACUUGCCCUAUAUCUGUUAACAUUACCGACGGUGAUAUUCCGUUCCGAGUUAGGCCUUCUCCUAGGAGCACACUGCCUGUAUAUUCUUUUCAAAUCUGGCAGCCUUGCGAAUGGCAUCACACUUGUCCGGACGACAUUCAUCCCUGCGAUUUUCGCCGCCGCCGUCGUCGGCCUCGUGCUGACAGUCAGCAUCGACACGUUCUUUUGGCAAUCACACACACUCUUGUGGCCUGAGCUGGCAGGGUUUAUCUCGAACGUGCUCCCGUCAAAGGGCAGUCUGGGUGCCUCUGCCUGGGGCACAUCACCAUGGCAUUGGUACUUCACAUCAGCACUGCCACGACUACUGAUCAACCCCCUCCUUCUCCUCUUGAUCCCGUGGGGCUUCGUGGCCAGCUACAGCGGCGUGCCACUCUCCCUGCUGGACCUCCUUACCCCUCCCUUCAUCUACACAGCCAUCUACUCCCUCCUCCCCCACAAGGAAACCCGGUUCCUCUUCCCCAUCAUUCCACCGCUCACCGCUUCUCUCGCUCUGAUCGCCAGCCACGCCACCAUCCGAAUGAACCGCUCGAUAACCCAUCGACUAAUAACCUACAUCCUCCUGACCACCACCCUAAUCAGCACGUACAUGUCGCACGGCCUACUCCUCCCCCUCUCCGCGCAAACCUACCCAGGCGGCGCCGCCAUCUCGUCCCUGCACGCCAUCAGCUUAAAGUACCGACACCAACCACAAAUCCGGGUUCACUUGACGAACCUGGCCCUGCAAACCGGUGUGACGCACUUUCUCGACACGCCGUCCUCGGCACUACACGACCGCGCGCUGUUCGUGCUGCCGGGAUCUCCGGACGGACGGAAACGGACGAUCGCGCCCAAGACGCGCGCCCGCUGGAUCUACGACAAAUCCGACAAUGCGACCGAGUUCCUGAUGCCCGCGUUCUGGGCACAGUUUGAUUAUGUCGUCGUCGAGGACCCCAGGCGCGUCAUUGGCGCCUGGGAUGUCGUGGAUAAGGUGCCGGGACUGGGGAAGCCGAGCAUUAUGGCGCCCGAUGUGGGGAGGGGGCUGUUGGUUUUUGGUGGGAAAAAUACCAAUGGGAAGGAGAGGGCAACAAGGGAGGAUGAUGGCUUGAGUCGUUUGGUUGGCAGCAUGUAUGGCCAUGUGGGUAAGUGGGUGUAUGGUGUCCUGCAUGAUGUGUUGAGGGAGGGCUAUGGUAUGGAGACGAUCUUCGGUAGCUCGCUGGGCAAAGAUUUCAGUUGGACGAGAGGCUGGUGGUUGCAUUGGAGCUUAGAGACCAAGUUGUAUAUCCUGAAAAGAGCCGAGGGAGGUAUGAGACCUUCUUAA